AUGUUGUAUAACAUCCAUGAAACCAGUGUCACCCGUCCUCUUAUUGGCGAACCGAACACUUUUCUAUAUCGACUUUUUCUUAUAAAUUUAGUAAAUCUGCAAAACAAAGGGCGGAAGUAUCCGCCAAACGACCCAAGAUGCGAAACCGACGUCGGAUUGAUCAAGGUCUUCACGCAGGAUGAAUGGAAAAUGUUACAUGUACGAAUGCAUGCCGAGGAGCUCAAGGCGAAGGAACAAGAAAAGAUCCGUCAGGCUCGGGAAGAGAUGAAGGAGAAGUCAAAGGAAAUGUACAAGGAUUGGACGAACACAUAUCUGGAGGAGGCAGAACGCGUUGAGAAGGACAAGGAGGAGGCCAGGUACCAAGCUGAGCAGAGACGAAAGAAGUUGUGCGAAGCCAGGACCAUGCAGUACUAUGAGAGUGAGCGAGUCCGACGGUUCCAUGAAGCCUUACAUCUGACUGAGGUGCUUAGGGAGCGUGAUUUGCAAAUGCAGUUAAAGGGCAUGCAGGAAGAGUACGAGAAAAACAAGGGAGAUGAUGGGUACAAGGAGUUCCUACGGAAGCUGGAUGAAGCCACCAAACUGGAGCAGGAAGCGGCAGCCCGAGCAAGACAGGCGAACGUGGAAACUAAGAAGUUUGUCCUGACACAGUAA